GCCGAACGAGUUUUUAUCAGAGCAUGACCGCAUCCCUUCCGCAGCCGCUAGGCUCAAGCAGCUGCCUCGCGCCUGGACGGGCGGGGUGGCCGGGGGGAAUUCGCAGCAGCGGGAAUUCCGCGCAGAGGCCACUGUCGCUGCGCUGCCCUGCGCUCGAUGGGGCCACCGCCUGCAUGGAUCAUGGCGGAGGCGGCCCGAGCAGCCACUGGCGCUGCCGCGAGGGCCUUGAGCGACGCCGCGGCCGGGCAGGGGAGCGCAUCGGGGGAUGCACCCGCUCUGGCCGCGACGCGCGGUGGCGGGGCAAACGGCGGCCGCGCCGCGAGGCCCCGCGGCCGCGGCCAGGGCAGCGAGGCCUGCGGCGACGCAGGGGCCAGCGCGGGCCAGCGGCCUGGCGAGCUUCUGCGCCUCCUCGGCGCCCCGAGUCCGGCGCCGGCGACCUCGCCCGACGGCCUGGCCGCCCACCGCCCGGCCCCUCUCAGCGGCACCAGGGAUGCCGCGGGGGCCUCGCCAGCGCUCAGCCUCGAGGAGGCGGCGGGCCUCGGCACGCGCGUCGUGGGGAAGGCCGAGGCCCCGUCCGUGGACGGCGGGGCUCUCCAGGCCGCACGCCAGCAGCGGGGCGAGGCUGCUGACGGCGUGCGCGUGGGGGCCCCGGUCCUCCGCCCGGCGGUCGCCGCCGAGAGCGGCGGGCUGGCAGAGAGCGAGGCCGCCUGGGACGCGGCGGCGUCGCAGGAGGCCGCCGCCGAGGGGGCGGCCACGGUGGCGGUGGUGGCCGCUUGCCGCGCCGACGAGGAGCAGGUCACGGAGUCCGGCAAGGCGGCUCUCGCCGUGGAAGAGGGGGCCGUGGGCGCCGCCCGAGAGGCCGAGGGACGCGCCGACGCGGCCGAGCGGCAGUCGGCCCGGCAGCUGGAGUGGCAGGCGAGGGCCCAGCAGCUGGAGUGGCAGGACAGGCUCUGUCGGGCGCGGCGCUCCCUGGCGGAGGCCGAGGGCAUGGCGCUGGAUGCAGAGUGCUCGGCCUGCGCCGCCUGGUCCCGAGCGCGGCGGGGCGCGGAGGAGGCGCAGCAGGCGUGCUGGGAGACGGCGGCGGCAGUCCAGCGCUCUGCGGCGGAGGAGGUCGAGGAGGCGGUGAGGGCGAGGGAGGACGCUGGCGCGGUGGCCUCGGGCAUCGAGCGCGAAGCCCUCGAGUCUGUCAGGCGCGCGAGGGUCUUUGGCGCGAUGAAGGUCCAGACAGCGGAGCGGUCCGCUGCGGACGCCGAGCGGGCCGCGGAGGCCUUGGCGGCCCAAGUCUCAGAGGAGGUGCGGGCCGAGUGCGCGCGGGAGCUCUCCGAGAGGGCUCGGUGCGCGGAAGCGCUGGCGGCCCAGCGGCGCCGCGCAGAUGAGGCCACCCAGGUUGCGUCGCUGAAGCUGUUAGAGGACGAAGAUCUCCUGGCCGACGUGGCGCUGCAGGCCAGGGCGCGCUCCGUCAGGGAGAUGCUACAGGCGGAGGCCGAGGCCGCCGACGCCGAGCACCAGGCGUCGCGGGACGUCGCAGACGCGGAGGCAGCUUUCAGGCGCGACCUGGAUGACUGGACGACGCAGGCCGAUUCCGCGGAGGCCACGAUGGCUCAGCGGCGCGAGGCCACGGAGGCAGCCUGCGGGUGGGCCGCAGAAUGCGAGCGGCGAGCCGCGGAGGACAUCGAGCAGGCGAGCGCCGACAGCCUCUGUGAGGCGGGCGAUGCCGAGCGGCAGCUUGCAGCUGCGGAGGCCGCCGCGGACAGGGCGGCCAACGAGGCGAGGCUGGCGCACACGCAGCUGCAGGAGCGACUCGCCGCCGUCGCCGCGGCUGCCGAGCAGCUGGUGUCGGCGGCGUCGGCGGCAGCGGCCGAGCGAGCGGUCGUCGCCGAGGCCAAGGCCUCCGCCGCACAGGCGUCCGCCGACGAGUUGCACGAGGCGGCGCUGCGGGAGGCCCAGGCGGGCUCGCAGCGGGCUCGGCGUGCGCAGCAGGAGGCGGCAGACGCCGUGGAGUCCUCGCGCUCGCGCGCCAGGCGGCUGGCGGAUGCCGAGCAGAGCCGCGUUGGGGCCGCGGAGCUGGAGGCGGCCCGCGCCGUCGGCAGCUCCCGCCAGCAGCUGGCGGCGUGCCGCGGGGUCGCUGGGGAGGCGGCCCAGCGACUGGCGGCGGCCACGUCGAGGGCGCACGAGGCGGCGCGGCGUCAGCAUCUCGCGGCCGAGGCCGCUCAGAGGGGCGGGGCCACGCUGGAGCAGGCCACGUCCAAAUACGAGGAGGCUGCCCUGGAGCACGCGCAGGCCGAGGCCGCCGCCGAGCUCGAGGCCAGAACGGCACCGGGCCUCGCCAGGUCGCAGUGCGACUCGCGCGUGUCCGACGCCGAGAGCUCGGCUAAUCGGGCGGAGAGCAGGGCCGCAGAGCAGCGGCGCGCUGAGGGGCGGGCGGCCGCCGCGCUGGCACUGGCGCAGGAGGCCGCCACCGCCUCCGAGGAGGGCGCGCGGCGCGCGGCCUGGGAGCAGGCGUCCGCGGCACGAGAGCGCGCCUUGGCGAUGGAGGGGUGCAUCCGGCAGGCCGAGGGGCAGAUGCGGGCGGCCAGGCGCCCCCUGGCACAGUACUUCCAGCGGGUGCUCGGCGCGAGGCUCGCCGCCGCAGCUCGCCCCGGGGACGCCGCCGGGGCCGAGGCUGCCGAGGGCGGGCGCUGUGCGGGGGCCACCCCGGCCAGGAGGGCCGCGUCGAGGACUGCCCUCGAGGGCGCCCAGGCGCCGAAGAGGCCCCGGGUCGACGGGCUCGGCUGGGGCGCCCUGCGCCCGAGCGUGCGGCAGGCCCUGUACAGGGAUCACCGGCAGGCUGCGGGCGGCCGCGGGCGCCGCCGCUCCGCGGCGCGCGCGGCAUCGCCCGGCGUCGCGUGACCCCCGGCCGCGGCCGCCGGCGG